AAUCCUCCAAAGAUGUACACACGUGUUUCACUUUGUACGGAAGUGGAAACUUUUCUUUCACGCUAACUACCAACUCUUAUGAGAAUUUGCACACACACACAUCAUGAAAUAAAUUCCCAAGACGAAAAAUCAUUACCGUACCGUGAACAGAAAUUACCCAUCGUGGAUAUAACAGUACACGUGUCACACAAACAUUGUCCACGUCAUCACCGAGUCACUGUGAGUCGGUUGGUAACCCCAGCUUCACUCAGCUACGAUAAACAAAACCAACGGACCCAUCUUCCUCUUCCUUUUUCUCCUUUCUCACUGCCAAAAAACAAAACAGAAUUUCCAAAUUCACUUUUCAAUAUUCUCAUUUUCCCUUAUAACCGUUUCCUCACGAAUUUUCUUCCUUAAAUCUUACGCAAAAUCGUUUCUCUCAGCGAAAUGUAAAUUCUCCGGUUCGCAAAUCCAUCGCGAAACCGGUAGGGUUGGUUAUUCUGGUAACGGAAACUCGAAUCUGAAGCUUCGAAGACUUGGCUAUGCUCCGUAAGUUGUUCUUUCGUAAGCCUCCCGAUGGUCUUCUCGAGAUCUGCGAGAGAGUUUACGUUUUUGAUUGCUGUUUCACAACGGAAGCUUGGAAUGAAGACAAGUAUAAAGUUUAUAUGGAUGGUAUAGUAGCUUCUCUUAGAGAGAAUGUGCCUGAUGCUUCUCUAAUGGUUUUCAAUUUUCGCGAGGAAGAGACUAAAAGUUUAAUGGCAAAUGUAAUGUCUGAGUAUGACAUUACUAUAAUGGACUAUCCUAGGCACUAUGAAGGUUGUCCUGUGCUUAAAAUGGAGCUCAUUCAUCACUUUUUAAGGUCUAGUGAAAGCUGGCUCUCGCUCGGUCAACACAAUGUGUUGUUGAUGCAUUGUGAACGUGGUGCUUGGCCGGUUUUGGCUUUUAUGUUGGCUGCAUUGUUGAUUUAUAGGAAGGUUUAUACUGGGGAGCAUAGGACUUUGGAUAUGGUUUAUCGGCAGUCCCCACACGAGCUUUUGCAUUUGUUGACUCCGUUGAAUCCACUCCCUUCACAAUCGAGGUAUCUGCAGUAUAUUUCUAGGAGGAAUGUGGCCGUAGAUUGGCCUCCGCUUGACAGGGCACUCAUGUUAGACUGUAUCAUUCUCAGAUUCUUCCCAAACUUUGAUGGCAAAGGUGGUUGCCAUCCCUUGUUUAGAAUUUACGGACAGGAUCCUUUUAGUGCAGAUAAAAAUCCUAAAAUGUUGUAUUCAAUGCCAAAGAAAAGCAAAAAUGUCCGGGCUUACAAGCAGGGAGAGUGCCAACUAAUUAAAAUUGAUAUCAAUUGCCAUAUUCAAGGUGAUGUCGUGAUCGAGGGUAUUAACUUGAAUGAUGAUAUGGAACAUGAGAUGAUGAUGUUCCGAGUAAUGUUCAACACAGCUUUUGUUAGAUCCAAUAUUCUGAUGCUUAAUCGCGAUGAAAUUGAUGUUCUAUGGGAUGCUAAAGAUCACUUUCCAAAAGACUUCAGAGCUGAGAUCCUUUUCUCAGAGAUGGAUGCUGCUGCAGCAAUUAUUGAAAAUCGUACAUCAUGCUUUGAGGAGAAAGAGGGACUUCCGAUUGAAGCAUUUGCCAAGGUUCAAGAGAUCUUUAGCCAUGUGGACUGGAUGGACCCAAAGGCUGAUGCUGCACUAAAUGUGCUCCAACAUAUAAAUACUUCCGGUAUCAUGAAUGACAAGCUGGAUAACGUUUCUGACCAGCAUGUCGAAACUGGCACUUCAUUGUAUGAAAUAGUUCCUAAAACGCCUCAGAGGAAUUCAAAUGAAGUGAUACAGUGUUUAUCCUCAGGUAAGAGUUCCCCAAAUAAUGAUAUAAGUGGAAAAGAGGAUAAGAAAAACAAAUUAGCCGCUAUUCCACAGCAGGCUAAUACAUCUGACAGCAUCUGUCAAGAGACAUUCUGCUCAUCUGAAAGAACUAUGGAAUCUGGUAAAUGUCCAACUGGAUCAACAUAUCUGGACAUAAAACCGGAGGCAUCCAAGCUUACUUCAUCUUGUUCUCUAGAUUCUUCUCUUUCCCCUGGAACACCUCCUCUGCGGCCUCCCUCAACUACUAGUGCAAAAAAAGUUCAUGACUCUCCUCUCCACACAGAAUCACCUCCUCAUCAUAUUUUUCCUUUGAAAUCAGAACAUCAACCACAAGACAGCAGUUAUUCACCUAUUUCUAGCCCUACAACUGGUACCCAUCCUUCACUUUUAGCAGUUUCUUCAAUUCAGCCACCCCCUCCACUUUCUUCCAAAACACCUUUGAAUGACAUUCCACCUGUCAAAACAAGACUCGAGUCUCCCCCUUCACAACCUUCAACUCCACCUCCUCCCACCCCUCCACUAAAAGAUCAGAAAGCAGUUAGAGCUGGACCCUCAUCCCCACCACCUCCACCUCCUCCUCCUCUUCCUUCAUCACCUCCUCUAAAAGUGGAACAACCUUCUAGGUUUAAGCCCCCGCCGCCGCCACCACCGCCUCAACUUUCAUUGGGAGCUGCAAGUCCUACUAUAGCACCGCCGGCACCGCCUGCACCACCUCCACCUGCAACACUUUCCUCUGGUAACCCUAAUGCUUCAAUGCAAAAGUCUCCACCUGUUCCACCACCUCCAAUUCCUUUAGGUAAAGAAGGACUAAAACCAGGCAGUGCUUUUCCAAUGUCUCUUAAGGUCCCAGGCAUAGGAGGACCACAAUCUAAGGGACGAGGUCUACCAAUUGGCUCAAAGAAUAACUCCAAAAAGUUGAAGCCAUUGCAUUGGAUGAAGCUAUCUAGAGCAGUUCAAGGAAGUUUGUGGGACGAGACACAAAAAUCUGGUGAAGCUUCCAAAGCCCCAGAGAUUGAUAUCUCGGAGCUCGAGAAUCUCUUCUCAGCAGCAGCCCCAAGUUCAGGCCUUGCCAAGAAAUCAAAUGUCCAAAGCUCAGCUAAGCCUAAAUCUGAGAAAGUGCAACUGAUUGAUCAUAGGCGAGCAUAUAAUUGUGAAAUCAUGCUUUCACAAGUGAAGGUACCAUUGCAUGAUUUAAUGACCUCAGUGCUAACACUAGAAGAGUCAGCGCUAGACACUGAUCAAGUUGAGAACCUCAUAAAGUUUUGUCCUACAAAAGAGGAGAUGGAGUUAAUCAAGAGUUAUGACGGGGAAACGGAGAAAUUAGGGAGAUGUGAACAGUUCUUCGUGGAAUUGAUGAAAGUACCACGGGUAGAAUCUAAGCUCAGGGUCUUUUCAUUCAAGAUUCAGUUCCAUUCACAGGUUUCUGAUCUCAAAAAUAGCCUAAAUGCUGUAAAUUCUUCUGCAGAAGAGAUCAGGAAUUCUGUCAAAUUGAAGAGAAUUAUGCAAACAAUACUUACUCUAGGAAAUGCUUUGAAUCAAGGAACUGCCAGGGGUUCGGCUAUUGGAUUCAGAUUAGAGACCCUUCUUAAACUCACUGAGACACGUGCACGGAACAACAAAAUGACUCUCAUGCAUUAUCUUUGUAAGGUGUUGGAUGACAAAUUACCAGAAGUUUUAGACUUCUCUAAGGAUCUUGCUAACCUAGAGCCAGCAGCAAAGAUCCAACUGAAGUUUCUGGCGGAGGAGAUGCAAGCUAUAAACAAAGGGUUAGAGAAAGUUGUACAGGAAUUAUCCACUUCUGAAAAUGAUGGUCCUAUAUCAGAAACAUUCCGCAAGAAAUUGAAAGAGUUCCUCUGUUCUGCUGAAGCUGAAGUCCGAUCAUUGGCUUCACUAUAUUCUGCUGUGGGCAGGAACGUGGAUGCAUUGAUUCUUUAUUUUGGUGAAGAUCCAUCUCGCUGUCCAUUUGAGCAAGUUGUCACAACUUUGCUCAACUUCACUGGAAUGUUCAACAAAGCCCAUGAAGAAAACUGCAAGCAGCAAGAGCUUGAAAUGAAGAAAACAGCAGAUAGUGAGAAAAAAAAAUGUGAAUCAGAAAGGAUAUUACCUACAGCAAUCCACACUGGCAAUGUCAAUUAAGUAAUAAUUAGAGAACACUAACGUGAGUCGGUAUAUAUUCUAGCACGGCUAAGAAUUUUACUAGACAAUAAUGGCUCUGGUUUUUGGUUAUUUUGAGGGGCAUGUAUAGUGGCACAUAUAGUAGUAGCUGGCAUUGAGAAAUGAAGAACUGAUUUACACUGCAAAGCUGAGGUGACUCUUUGAACCCAUAAUUCUCUCAUUCCAGUUGUACUUUCUCCUUUUUUUUCCCUGAUUGUCAUCUCCUACAUCUCACUCGUUAUUCUAGUUGCCAAUUAUGAAUUAUAACAGAUGUUGGAGUUUCCAUGAGUUAUGUUAUUUGCCUACCAACUUGUAUAUAACUUCCCUCUCGGCUCAUAAACUGUCUGAUUGUAAGUAUAAGUAUAUAUCCAAGAAACCAGGGCAUUCACCCCCUCUGCCCCCCUCAGUCUUGGUUCUCUCUGCUAGCAACACUAGUUUCAUGUCUGUAGUGCAAAAGCUUGAAUAUCUUAUUGUAUAGCUUAUUUACAUGAUAUGUGUAUUGUUUUUUUCAUAGAUUAUUUGUAUCAUAUCAUUUCAUUUUUAUUUUUUUUUUGAAUCAAAAACAUUUAAAGAUCUA